GGGAGGAGAAGGAAGAAGAGUUAAGCAACAGUGAACAACUACGAAGAGAGGAAAAAGAAAAGUUGAGCGAUAGCGAACAACUACGAAGAGAGGAGGAGGAAGAGUUAAACUAUAAUGAAUAA